UCUCCGGGAAGGGAAGGUGCGGUACUAUCAGUGGCCAUGACGAAGUUGACACAGUGGCUCUGGGGACUCCUGCUCCUGGGCUCUGCCUGGGCGGCCCUGACCCUGGGCGCCCUGGAUCUGAAGCUGUCCUCGGCGUGCAGGGAGGUGCUGUGGCCGCUGCCCGCCUACCUGCUGGUGUCCGCCGGCUGCUAUGCCCUGGGCACCGUCGGCUACCGCGUGGCCACUUUCCACGACUGCGAGGACGCCGCCCGCGAGCUGCAGAGCCAGAUCCACGAAGCGAGAGUCGAUUUGGCCCGCAGGGGGCUGCGCUUCUGACCCUCCUGAUUCAUUCCCGCUCGCUCACCCCACGCCCCAUUAAAGAGCAUGUUUAUUUUCCUAA